UGCAACAACUUAGUUCUAAUCUUCCCGAGGGCUCGAGCGAUAAGCCUGGACCAGAUGAUGUUUUUUCUAAAGUAAUGGGUAAUUAUCGAAAUGGUGAUGCGGUUAUGUAUGGUCUGGGUGUUCGUGCUGCUGAUGUUUGGGGUGUAAUACCAAGUCGUUCAGCAUGUCAUAGAGAAAACAUCCAAUUGAAGUCUGAAUGUGAAGAACUUACUAGUACUGUGGUCCAGUUACGAGCCCAAGUAUCAGAGAUGGAAGGGUCGAGGGGUGGUUCCAGUGUUCAACCUCUUGCAUCACAACAUUUCCCCAAUGUAACCAAUGGACGUCAACGUUUACGGGUCGGAGAUGAAGUUUUCCACAAAAGCAUUCUAAACUCUACCGAGAUUGUAGCAAGAGGAAGAAUCCAGAGCUUAGACCCAAAUGACCUAGUUGGUGGUACAGAGAUUGGACCAGAAUGGUGUGAGGUAAACGUUUAAGUACCAAUAAAAAAAGAUGAAAACUUGGUAAGACCAUAUGGUUUAUUUUCUACAAUUCAAGAUUGUAUUGGCGCAUCCAUCGCAUGGCCCUAUCCAUUC